AUGGCAGCGGGCUUCUUGUCCGCAGCUGCAGCAGCCUCAGCAGGACGCGAUUGUUUCUCGGUCGGGUUCGCGGCAAGGAUCGAGACGUCCACUGUCCUGCUCGUAGCCGUCUUCUAG